GUACAGUUUAUUGUUUCUGGCGAUGAUGAUGAGACAGAAGUAAGAACUUUGGAUGAUCCCAAGAGGUCAAUAUUGCGUCGUAAUGGAGUGGACGUGUUUGUCAUGGCCGUCCCCAGGAGUCUCGGUCAACUAAACUUCAUACGCAUCUGGCAUGACAACUCGGGAAAGGGGAAGUGGAAGUCGUGGUUCCUGAAAUACGUUGUAUUUCGAGAUGUUCAAACUGGUCACAAAUUUGAAUUUGUGUCUAAUCGUUGGUUUGCUGUUGAAGAGGAUGAUGGAAUGGUUGAUCGUCUACUUCCUGUGGCUGGAAAAGCUCAGUUGUCAGAAUUCUCUCACCUUUUCUCGACAACCUCCCAGAAAAACUUGACUGAUGGUCACUUGUGGUUUUCGGUUUUUACUCGUCCUCCACGCAGUCGGUUCACCAGAGUCCAGCGAGUUUCCAGCUGCAUGGCAUUGCUGUAUUUAUCGAUGUUAGUGAAUGCCAUGUGGUACGAAAGAACCUCGGAUCAACCAAGUCCAAAUGCAGUGAAGUUUGGACCUUUUUCACUCAGUCCGGAACAGGUGGUGUACUUUCAUCUUUUGUGA